AUGUCGGAACCAGCCAGCCAGCCAGGUGCUCCCACAGAUGGCGCUCAGAAUCAACCGUCGCACGCCUCCGAGAAGUCGCUUGCAAGAGAGGCAGAGAAGAGGAUGCCCAAGAAGGCAGUCAGUCUGUUGGCGACCCCAGAUCGCAUCAUCCUGCGACUGAACAAGCUUCUGGCUGCUCCAGGCGGUUUGAGCGCGUUCCUCUCGACCUUCAACUACACACUGUACCUCCUCGCCCAUCUCGACUCAAAAGCCGGUCCCCUCAAGGCGCGCAUUGCCGUGUUCCUCAACCGCCAGACAGCCCUCCCAUCUGUAACUCCUGUAGUCGUAGGGGAGCCAUCGCCGAUUCAGAACCUCGGCUCGUUGCUGUCUGCAACACGCACCACACUGCGUCUCUUCGGACUGUUCCCAAUGUACGCAUGGGCAAGGCAGCUGUUGCAAGGACCAAAGCCGGGGCAAGAUCAAGUGCUGUACGCGACAUCAGUAGCGCAGUGCACGCUAUACAUUAUCUUCCAGUUCUAUGAGAACGUUGCGCUGCUCACAGACAGCAAGAUCCUGCCAGGAGCGCUCACAGCGAAGUACACGGAGAAGUACGGCGGAAAGGCGACUGCCAUCUACACUACAGCGUACAGGGCAUGGUUCCUCGGUUUCUGCUGCGACUUUGUCAGACUUGCAAGAGAGGCACAGCUGGACAGUGGCAAGCGUAGCUCGAAGAGCGCAAAGGAGAACGAAGAGAACGACUCGAGGUGGUACGCUGAGCUGCUGGUGCCAAUGUGCUGGUUCCCGGUAGGCUUCCAGUUCGCGCAAUGGAACGAGUCUGGGUUCCCAGGGUUCAACUUGGGUUUCAUGGGUGCCGCUGGAGCCAUGGCUGGUCUGUCCAAGACGAAGGCGUUGUGGGACGCGACUGCUGAUGCAUAG